UCCAGAAUUACGGGAAGAUGGGGGGUAUAUUGGUCAACAACUCACCGUCAAUCAACCCCUUGUAAAAAAAUUCACUUGAUGAGAGAGAAAGACGGAUAUCAGAUAUGGAUGAAGAAAUAAACCAAUUCAAAGCCCACAUAUAAAUAGCUCAUCCAUGAAAUCCUUUUAAAUAAAUAAUUUUUUUCCCCAUCAGUUGGUGGUAAAUAUGAAGUUAAAUAAUUUCCAGUUCGCAGCCGUCUCAAAUCGGCAUCUGCUACGUAUAAAUCCGCGUCGCUGGUGAAAAUUUCAUUCUACGUAAACCGAAGCUGAUUGCGCAUAUCGCGAGUUAGCUGUCGAGUCGGUUACACCACAAAAGGAGGAGGUUUUCGGAAAUUGCGAAAACCUCAUGGCGAUGGAAGAUAUAGGGAGUUGCGGAAGUAGGGGAGAGGAUCAGAAACCGUCGGCGGCGAGCCGAUUUCAGCACAAAAAGGCGGAGGUUUACAAUGAGGUUUUGCGCCGGCUUAAGGAAGUCGGCCACUUGGAAGCUCAGGAAAUGGAUUUCGAUCAUCAGCUUUGGGCUCAUUUCAAUCGUCUUCCUCCUAGGUAUGCGAUGGAUGUGAGCUUGGAGAGGGCGGAGGAUGUUCUGACUCACAAGAGGCUCCUGCAUCUGGCGCGUGAUCCUGUUAAUAGGCCCACUUUUGAUGUCCGACUAGUGCAGGUGGUGCCUGCCUCAGAUGGAAAUUUAGGAGAUAUAGAACAUUCAAGUUCUCCAAGAAAGGACGGCAUCCAUCCACCACCUGCCUUUGGAUCUUCUCCGAAUCUUGAGGCACUUGCACUUCAAGCAUGUAAAUCAGAAGUGCAAGAUGGAGAUAUUGGUGCAGAUGUUGUUGCAAAGUUUAGAAGGCCCAUGCAUGAGAUUACUUUCUCUACAAUUGACAGACCGAAGCUCCUCAGUCAGCUGACUUCUUUAUUAGCUGAAGUUGGGCUCAACAUUCAGGAAGCACACGCGUUUUCAACUGUGGAUGGAUAUUCACUCGAUGUCUUUGUUGUUGACGGCUGGCCUUUUGAGGAGGUUGAUCAACUUCGGGCCGCACUUGAAAAAGAAGUUCUAAAGACUGAGAAAAGAUCAUGGCCCAAUUUAGAGUCGUUGCCUCAUCUCAAUGAACAUCAACAAAUAAAGAUCAAAUGUGAAUAUGAUCAACUGACAAUACCCAAUGAUGGUACUGAUGUCUGGGAAAUCGAUCCUCAACUUCUGAAAUUCGACUCCAAAGUAGCUUCAGGAUCAUAUGGUGAUUUAUACCGAGGUACUUACCGUAGUCAGGAUGUUGCGAUAAAGAUUCUCAAGGCUGAGCGCUUAAAUACAGAACUCCAACAAGAAUUUGUACAAGAAGUGUAUAUAAUGAGAAAAAUUCGUCACAAAAAUGUGGUUCAAUUUAUAGGGGCAUGCACCAGACCUCCAAACUUGUGCAUAGUUACAGAAUUCAUGUCUGGAGGGAGUGUAUACGACUUUCUGCACAAGCAAAAGGGUGGUUUUAAGCUUCAAGGAUUACUUAAAGUUUCAAUUGAUGUUUCAAAGGGAAUGAACUUUUUGCAUCACAACAAUAUAAUUCACAGGGACUUAAAGAGUGCAAAUCUUUUGAUGGACGAAAAGGAAGUGGUUAAAGUGGGCGAUUUUGGAGUGGCGAGAGUGAAGGCACAAACAGGUGUGAUGACAGCUGAAACCGGAACAUACCGGUGGAUGGCCCCCGAGGUGAUCGAGCAUAAGCCAUACGAUCACAAAGCCGAUGUGUUCAGUUUUGGAGUGGUAGUAUGGGAAUUACUUACAGGAAAGCUUCCGUACGAGUAUCUCACCCCUUUACAAGCAGCUGUUGCGGUGGUACAAAGGGGUCUCCGGCCAACCAUCCCGAGACAUACAAAUGAGAAGCUUGCUGAGCUGCUUGAGAGAUGCUGGCAGCGAGAUCCAUCUCUAAGACCGGACUUCUCUGAUAUAACUCAAAUCUUACUCACAAUUUUUAAGGAGGUUGAAAAGGAAGGAGAUGGACGAAAGGAGAAAGGUGGAGGAUUCUUUUCUUCCCUGAGACGCGGCCAUCACUAGCGGAUAAAUUCAAUUUGUACCUUUAUAUUUUUUGUUGUUUGUACCAAUUUUGGAUUAUUUACACCCCAUUGUUAUACUUUAUUUUGUGUUGUACA